AUGGCGGAAUCACUUAAGAUGUGGGGAGCAUCUGUGAAAAUGGAAGCUGUGAUCCCUGAGGUGGGAAGAGCUUCCUUGGAGCAAGUACAGAAGGUGCAGGCUGUGGAGAGUGCCCAAGAUGCCCUCUUCUGUGCAGAGGGCGAUCACAGAAAUGAGGAUGACAAUCUUCAUGAGCAAAUGCCAGCUCGAGUUAAAGAAGAAGACUUGAAAGAAAAUGUCAGUAAUCAAGGCAGACCUGAUGGGAAAAAACGGAGCUCUAUGGUUGAGAAGCGCAAUGGAAGACCGCAUAAUGUACAGUUCCCCAAACACAGGAUAAUGAAGGCAAGUAAAUCUAUUCAGUGUGGAAAGUCCUUCAGAAGUAGACCAGAGCUGCUUGUGCGCCAAAGAAGACAAAGAAGUGCAAAACCAUUUCAAUGCUCAGAGUACAGAAAGAGAUUGUGUAGCAGCAGCAAUCUUCAGCAGCACCAGAGAGCUCACACAGAAUGCGGAAAGAGAUUCAGUGAGAGUGGCUAUUUUCAAAGAACCCACAUAGCGGGGAAACUGUUUGAAGGCUCAGAGUGUGGAAAGACAUUCAGUAGCAAUAGCAAUCCUCAAGCGCAUAAAAGAACCCACAUAGGGGAGAAACCUUUUGAAUGUUCAGAGUGUGGAAAAAGAUUCAGUAGCAAUGGUGAACUUCAAAUGCAUCAAAGAACCCACACAGGGGAGAAACCUUUUGAAUGUUCAGAGUGUAGAAAGAAAUUCAGUCAGAGCAGCCAUCUUCAACUUCAUCAGAGAACUCACACAGGGGAGAAACCUUUUGAAUGCUCGGAGUGUGGAAAGAGAUUUAGUCAGAACUGCAAUCUUCAACUUCAUCAGAGAACUCACACAGGGGAGAAACCUUUUGAAUGUUCAGAGUGUGGAAAGAGAUUCAGCAGCAAUGGCGAACUUCAGGUGCAUCAAAGAACUCACACAGGGGAGAAACCUUUUGAAUGUUCAGAGUGUGGAAAGAGAUUCAGUCAGAGCAGCCAUCUUCAAGUUCAUCAGAGAACUCACACAGGGGAGAAACCUUUUGAAUGCUCAGAGUGUGGAAAGAGAUUCAGUCAGAGCAGCCAUCUUCAACUUCAUCAGAGAACUCACACGGGGGAGAAACCUUUUGAAUGCUCAGAGUGUGGAAAGAGAUUCAGUGAGAGUGGCCGUCUUCAACGGCAUCAAGUAACUCACACAGGGGAGAAACCUUUUGAAUGUUCAGAGUGUGGAAAGAGAUUCAGUCAGAGUGGCCAUCUUCAGCAGCAUCUAAGAACCCACACAGGGGAGAAACUUUUUGAAUGUUCAGAAUGUGGAAAGAUAUUUAGUAGCAAUGGCAAUCUUCAAAAGCAUCAAAGAAUCCACACAGGGGAGAAGCCUUUUGAAUGCUCAGAGUGUGGGAAGGGAUUCAGACGCAUUGGCGAUCUUCAGCAGCAUAAGAGAACCCACACAGGGGAGAAGCCUUUUGAAUGUUCUGAGUGUGGAAAGAGAUUCAGUAGCAAUAGCGAAUGUCAGAUGCAUCAAAGAACCCACACAGGGGAGAAACCUUUUGAAUGCUUAGAAUGUGGAAAGAGAUUCACUAUGAGUGGCCAUCUUCAGCGGCAUCAGAGAACCCACACAGGAGAGAAACCUUUUGAAUGCUCAGAAUGUGGAAAGAGAUUCAGUACCAGUGGCAAUCUUAAGCGGCAUCAGAGAGCCCACACAAGGGAGAUCUUUUAAGGGAAACCUUUUGAAUGUUCAGAGUGUGGAAAGAGAUUCAGUCAGAGCAGCCAUCUUCAAGUUCAUCAGAGAACUCACACAGGGGAGAAACCUUUUGAAUGCUCAGAGUGUGGAAAGAGAUUCAGUCAGAGCAGCCAUCUUCAACUUCAUCAGAGAACUCACACGGGGGAGAAACCUUUUGAAUGCUCAGAGUGUGGAAAGAGAUUCAGUGAGAGUGGCCGUCUUCAACGGCAUCAAGUAACUCACACAGGGGAGAAACCUUUUGAAUGUUCAGAGUGUGGAAAGAGAUUCAGUCAGAGUGGCCAUCUUCAGCAGCAUCUAAGAACCCACACAGGGGAGAAACUUUUUGAAUGUUCAGAAUGUGGAAAGAUAUUUAGUAGCAAUGGCAAUCUUCAAAAGCAUCAAAGAAUCCACACAGGGGAGAAGCCUUUUGAAUGCUCAGAGUGUGGGAAGGGAUUCAGACGCAUUGGCGAUCUUCAGCAGCAUAAGAGAACCCACACAGGGGAGAAGCCUUUUGAAUGUUCUGAGUGUGGAAAGAGAUUCAGUAGCAAUAGCGAAUGUCAGAUGCAUCAAAGAACCCACACAGGGGAGAAACCUUUUGAAUGCUUAGAAUGUGGAAAGAGAUUCACUAUGAGUGGCCAUCUUCAGCGGCAUCAGAGAACCCACACAGGAGAGAAACCUUUUGAAUGCUCAGAAUGUGGAAAGAGAUUCAGUACCAGUGGCAAUCUUAAGCGGCAUCAGAGAGCCCACACAAGGGAGAUCUUUUAA